AUGAGCACCGCCACCAGCUCUUCCAAUUCGGCGUGGCCACCUAAGAAACGCCCUUCUCAACGGACGAAACUGAGAAACGGAACCUUUAUUAUCCCCAGCACUGGCGAACGAUCGAGACAAGAGUUCUCCCUGCGCACUUCAACUAAUUCAGCCUUGAACAAUAACAACGACAAUAACCCGAAAUUCCACUCCCUUGACGAAGCCGAGUCGAUUACUGACCGCCUACAAAUCAUUACACAAAACAUUAAAACCGCUUUCGUCUUAGUAUGGCUAUGGCUGCACACCGACGAGGGACAUGGAGUCCUCAAGUGCGUCCUUGCCUAUGUGCUUGGUAGUCUGGGCACCUUUUUCCCACCCUUGACAGCCUUUCUUGGCAAUAGAGACGGAAAGCAUGUAUCAGCAACUAUUACUGUCUAUUUUCACCCAGCACGAACUGUCGGCUCCAUGCUUGAGGCGUCCGUGAUAGCGUUUGUUGCUGUGUUCUAUGCUGAGACGAUAUCCGUCCUUUCAAUGGGGAUCGCUAUUGCCAUGCGAUCUCAGUUCGGGCUGACUGGUGCUGCCCAUGCUCUCAUUCUCAUUGUCUGCAUUGGCGGAGGCCUGGGCUUCGUGGGCUGGGUCAAGCAGAAGCUUAACAGUCCUCUCGUCAACGUUGGCUCCACCCUGGCUUCCAUUGCAAUCAUUUCCGUAAUCACGAAAGAGGAAAGCGUCCAAGGAGGUUAUUUUGACGACGACAAGAUUGUUCAGGUUUUGAAACUGCUUCUCGUUGGCAUCACUUGCACUUUUGCUGUCAAUUUACUGCUAUGGAGAGUUUCAGCAAGACAGGUCCUUCGAAGGUCCAUAAUGACUGCCAAUAGCUCUCUGGGUGAUAAGCUAUCGUCUAUCACAAAAGGCUUCCUCAGUGGCACCGAAGACGAGUUGUGGACAAAUGAAUACAGCCGUGUCUCUGCCCGGUACAAUGCUGCAUACGCAACGAUGCACUCGACCCUCCGCGAAGCUAAGUUUGAGUACUACUUUCUUGGUCGAGAAUCAUUUUACCCUCUCGACAAGCGUCUGUCAAGAUCGGUUGAAGGCCUCUCACAGGCCCUAGGAGGAUUGCGCAGUGCUUUGGAGACCCAAUUCACUCUACUCAGAGAGGUCCCUAGCUUCGAAGAUUCUUUCCCUUCACCCAGGAGCACUGUGCUUACACCACCUCUUGCAAGAGCUAUCAGUGCCUACCUAGAGGGUGGAGGACAACGGCUGUCUGACAUUGACGAGUCGGGUGAAAGCGAAGAAGAGCGACAGGCCACAAGAAACAAGUCAGAUUCUGCGCUGAUGGUAGCUCCUGCUUUCCAAGAGCCAUCGGACAUAUUUGCCCUCUUCAUUAACAUGCUUGGCCCAUCAAUUAAAUCGCUGGCUCAUACUCUCUCCGAGAUUUUACGUGAGCCUGCUUUUGGAAAGGACCCAAACAAAGAUGUUACUGUUAAUGAACAACUGAGAGAAAGCCUCCGCGACGCCCUCAAUCUCUACAAUAAUGCCAGAUCAGGAUCUUUGGAAGAGCUCUAUCGCACCAUUGAAUUCGGGCGAACUCGUUCCGAAAAGAUUCAAGCUGAUAUCGAGGAAGUUGCUGCCGCCUGUGGGCACUUUUCUUUCAGCUUGCAGGCAGUUGCAGAAGAAACUGAUGCAUAUUUGGACGUGCUGGAAGAUGUCAAAUACACUACAGAGACUGCAUCGAGGUCUUGGAGCUGGCUCAAGUUCUGGAGGCGCUUCAACUGGACAAAAUCACCCGACAAGAACAUGAUGGGGGAUCCGGAACGCGAGUCCUUGAUACAAAAACCGCCUGUGCCUAGGCUUCGAAAAUCACAAAUACCCAAGGGCAUCCCAGACACGAUGGUAGCACGACGAGACACCUUUAAUUGGGAUGCCGCGCCUCAGGCCAGUAAACUCAAGAGGAGAUUCGCACAAAAGAUGCUUCAAAUCUCCCGGUUCGUCGUCCGGGAAGACAUACUCUUUGGCAUCAAAGUUGGUAUUGGUGCUCUUCUUUGGGCGAUGCUAGCGUUCAUACCGGGGACAAGACCUAUUUACCAAAAAUGGAGAGGUGAAUGGGGUCUUCUUUCCUUCAUGAUUGUUGCCGCGAUGACAACAGGAUCAGCCAACACUACUGGAACAGCUAGAUUCAAGGGCACCAUCAUUGGUGCCACCUUUGCUGUAAUUUGUUGGACAGUCAGUCAGGGCAACGCCAUUGUUCUUGUGUGUUUGGGCGGCCUUGUGGCUUUGUUCAAUUUCUACGUGAUUUUGGUCAUCAAAAAGGCACCCCUGGGUAGAAUUGCCCUUCUAGCAUACAACGUCAGCACACUAUAUGCCUACAGUCUCUCACAGGACGUUGACGACGAUGAUGAUGACGAGGGAGGUGCUAACCCUCUGAUCUUUGACAUCGUGUGGCAUCGAGUCAUUGCUGUGACCUUAGAAAGAAAUUCCGAGAAGGACUUUCUGUCUUGUAUCUUCAGAUGGGGCUUAUUUGGAAGCGCGGGCCCCUCACAGUAUCGCUUCAGAAGGACAGCACGCACAACACCCUUGACUAUAUGCGAGAGGGCGAACAAGCUGCGCUCCAGCGAUAUGGCUAACUCUGCGGCAGCCUUCAAGCUUGCGAGCCUUCGAACUGCGGCGAAAUCUGAGUUCGAGCUUCGAGGCCCUUUUCCAGACGCAGCAUAUGGUCGCAUUCUUCGUUCUACUAAAAACAUGCUCAACGGGUUUUAUGCUAUGCGUCUUAUUGCCUCGAAACGAAACGAGUUAACAGAAGGCGAGCGAGCAUUACUAGAGUAUACAAGUGCAGAAAGAGCUCUCCUCUGCCAGCGCAUUUGCCAUGUAUUCCAGGUAGUUGCAUCAUGUCUCAUGCUGGAAUACCCCCUGACAGAUGCGAUCCCUACUGUCGAGAACAACAAGGACAGGCUUUUGGGCAAAAUCUACCAAUUUCGAAAAGAGCACAUGAGCGCAGAUCUUUUAAGCGAUGAGACCCCUCUUGCUAUUCAGGAGAGCGACUACGCGCUGCUAUAUGCAUACACACUUGUGACAUUACAGGUGGCGGCAGAGUUGAACAAGGUGAGGGCUGAGAUAGAGAGCUUGUAUGGAGUCUUGCACGAUGAAGCGUUGUUGUUGCAGUGA